AUUCUCUGUUUCGCUCUCCCCCCGUCGCCCAAUUCCCCGCAGCUACCUCACCCUAGGGCAUCGAUUGAAGAUGGCAAAAGACCGCUCAACCUCCAAGGACAAAAGGGAAAAAAAGGACAAGAAGGAGAAGCGAUCUAAGGAUGUUACAGCCUCCCUCGCAGACGACAGCCACAGAAUAUCCAAAAAGAAGAAGAAGCCCAAGAAGAGCAAGACAGCGGCGAAUCCUCCUACCGAUGACGAACUUGACAUUGCUGACGCUGCUGCUGCUGUUUUGAGCGCUCUCUCUGCUCCGGGGGCCGUGGAAGGAGCGAAGGAGGGAGCGAAGGAGGGAGUUGGUGCUGCGCCGAUCGACGACUCGGUCCUUGUACCUUUCGCGAAGCCAUUGGCUGGAGAGAAGUUGACUAAGAAGAUUUUCAAGACUGCUAAGAAAGGUUAGCGGCCCUACUACCUUGCGCUACGCUCUCUCUCUCACUCAAUUUCGUCUGCAACAUGGAUGGUGAAGAUUAGACUAACAACUCCCUCUUCAAUAGCUGCCAAAAACAAAUCUCUAAAGCGCGGCGUAAAAGAAGUUGUCAAAGCACUUCGCAAGUCCCCCACUGGCGCCGCCGCCGCGAGCGCAAACUCCGGUAUCGUUGUCCUCGCAGCUGACAUCUCUCCAAUGGACGUAAUCUCCCACAUCCCGGUUCUCUGCGAAGACCAUGGAAUUCCUUAUGUUUUUGUUCGCUCAAGAGCCGAGUUGGGAGCGGCGAGCGUUACCAAGAGGCCUACCAGCGUUGCCAUGAUUGUUCCCGUUGCUGGUGCGGGCACAAAGGAAAAGAAAAAGAAGAGGAAGAGCACUGGUGGGGAUGAUGCGAUGGAGGGGAUCGAGGAAGCUGAUGGAGGAGCCGAUGGAUUUAGGGAGGCAUAUGAUGAACUGUUGGCACUUGUCGAGGAGGCGGGGAGGGGGGUUAUGGUUUAGCGAAGGGUUGUAUGAUAGCUGGGUUAUAAUUUCAAUUCAAAAAGCCUUU